AAUGCAGUAGGAUUUUGGAAAUCACUGCGAAAUGCGGCAUACACUCAAAUACACUUGUCUCGGCUGCUUGCUCUUGAUAUUGCUGCCGAGUUUGGUUUACGGUGAAGACAACCAAGAAAGAUCACUGUCAAUUUAUUUGGAUGUUGGAAAUGAAAUUCAAAAUGUUAUUAAGUUGGUCGAUUCGCACGAAACGAAAUUAAGCGAUUUCGAUGAUAAGUUACUAAGAAUCCAAAAUAUAUUGGAAAGUAUCGAAAAACGAUUUUUGGAGUUGGAAAAAAAUUUAAUAACCGCCAAGGACGUCGAACAGAAAUUACAGUCCUUCAACACUCAGGUCGAGCAGAAACUCUCAUCAGUUGAAACAAAUUUGAUGUCUUCCAUGAGGGUACAAGAGGACAACCUCAAGAAGCUGACUGACGAGAAUUCAGCACUGCAAGAGGAAUUCGAAACUUUAACGUCAAUUAGGGAAGAUUGUUGCUAUUCGAUAAACAACACGGACACUGUGAAUUUGAACAAUGCGAUCGCAAACGUCUCCCCAACACAGAGUCUGGCAAUAGUAAAGCCUAUGGACACCACUACACCAGUUAGUGCGCCACAAACAAUACGUGAUUGUGCUGAUGUGAAAAUGAAGCUUGGUGCACAAUAUGCGGACGGUGUACACGAACUGCAGUUACCCGGAUUUGACGCCUUCAAUGUAUAUUGCUUAACCAAAUGCGUGCAGGAGGAUCAAGCAGACUGUUGCCCCUGGACUGUGAUACAACGUAAUGAAAACAAUGGCGUGGGCAAAACGACCAACAGUUGUUGGGAGUAUAAAAACGGUGUUGGUAAUGCGAACAAUGACUACUUUAUUGGUUUGGAUCGUUUACAUAAGAUGACCAAUCUGAAAAGGCAAACCCUGUUAGUUGGUAAGAGUUUCCAGUCAGACGAAUAUUUUACCUAUGACGGAUUCGCUAUUAGAGAUGAGCGGUAUAAUUACGAUGUUGAUACUUUGGGUGCCAGUUGGGGACAUAAAUUUGGCGCAAGAUUCUUUUCAAACUCGCAAAAAUUAAAAAACGUUGCUAGAAAGCAAUGCUAUUUUUGGCCCUUUAAAAGUCUUGGGCAUUUCCAUUUAUUUAACAGACGCUUUUCCAACUACUAUUUUAUGGCGAUACGUCCCAGGAUAUGUCAGUAAACUAUUUAUCGUCGUGUCAGAUGCAGCGCUGGAGCCCAAUAGCAAUACAAGCAUCUCCCCUCAACUAAGUAGUUUAUAUAUAUCUACAACAAUUUAUGAAAUAAAUUUCCACAAACCAA